CUCUCUCUCGCUCCCGGCCAGCCGCCUUUCCUCGGAGGGGGCGAGACGCGCGCAGAGCCCAUAGGCCUCUCCGGCCGCAAGCGAUGGGCGACAUCCCCGGCCUCGUGAAAAUCAGCGUCUCCCUCAAAAUCCAGCCCAACGACGGGGCCGUGUAUUUCAAGGUGGACGGGCAGCGCUUCGGUCAGAACCGCACCAUCAAGCUGCUCACCGGGGCCAAAUACAAGAUUGAGGUGUCCCUCCGACCCGGCACCGUCCAGGCCACGACCAUGGGCAUCGGCGGUGUUAAUGUCCCACUGGAAGAGAAAUCACGCGAUGCACAAGUGGCCUCUUACACAGGGAUCUACGACACCGAAGGGGUGCCCCAUACCAAAAGUGGGGAGAGACAGCCCAUCCAAGUCAAUAUGCAGUUUAAUGACAUUGGCGUUUUUGAGACAGUCUGGCAAGUCAAAUUCUACAACUACCACAAACGGGAUCAUUGCCAAUGGGGAAACAGCUUUGGCAGUAUUGAGUACGAAUGCAAACCAAAUGAAACACGCAGUCUCAUGUGGAUCAAUAAAGAGACCUUCCACUGAAGAGAUGGGAAACCAAUACUGCUGGACAAUCUCCCUAAAGAAAAAUCUACCUUUUUAAACCAGCAAGAAGCCUUACCAAAGGCAUACUGUAACACUGCUUUGUCCAUAAGGUUUCAGCAACUACAUUGUAUAUUUAGGUGAUGCCACUAAAAUAUUUGCCUAUUACUGCAUUUUAAGUUUACCAUGGCAUCUGCAACAUUCUUUAUCUGUCACCCUGAGAAUACUGAAAGGUUCAUGGUAAAGGAUUAUCUGAUAGUUUGGUAGGAAGUCAUAUCAUAAUACUGUUGUAAGUAUUUGGAUUAUUCUGACUAGAUGUAACAACUUUUGUGAAGUGUUUUGCUUCAUUGCUUAGAAUUUGGAUUAACAUCACAUUGGUGAUUUCUGUAUUUACAUCUGUGUUUGCUCCAUAAUCGGUGUGUUCCUUCAAGCAUUUUGUUGUACUGUCUUCCCAGUGGACACCAAAAAUUAAAAAUAUGGUUACUUGUAGGUUUAGCUAAAUGGCAGCUAAUGCACUGUUGGUAUUGUGCUUUCAUACCAAGGGAUUUGGGAACUCAUUCUCCCUUUUGUUAAGUGCUGUAAGAUAUUCUGUGAAGUUUGCUAAUUUACCACAUCUCCUUUUUUGUAAAGCUUUCCAGUCUUUGAAAUAGCAUUAGGAAAUGGUAUAAAACAUGAUGAAGGAAAAACAGUAAGUCCAUUGUGUUAUCCAAGACAUCUAACAACAUGGCUAAGACCUAUCUUAAGAUCAUAUAGUAUCCUUGAGAGAUACAGCAGCCAUACCUAAUUUAUUUCCUAGAGUAAGAGUUCUGAUAUUAAACUCCAUUUUUAUUUUAAUGACACAUUGAUGAGAUCAGUUAAAUCUUACAAAUCAACAUUUUCAAGCCUGACCACUGUAUUCACUGACAAGAUUUCUGACCAACAAGCACUCAGUAGUGUGAAGGUGCAGAUCCCAGGGCACAUUUAUACAUGCACUGCAGCCUUUCAAAUAAAGAUAAGCAUGCAAGCAUUUGCAUAGUUAUAACUAAGGUGCUUCAUAAACACUAGAUCAGUGUUUAACACAAACAGACAACACAAAACAGAUGUAUCUUUUAUUUCUGUGAAGACAGGGAAGCAAGGAAACAACUACACUUGUCCUGUCUCCACUUUGGGUUGAAGUAAGCUGUCAGUUCCUGCAUAUCUGUUAUUCCCUUUGUGAAUCAUUUGUAAAAUGUAUAUGUAAAUGGUAAACAUGACUAUUGAUCUUUGUAAUAAAGGACCUAAACAAUU